AUGGCCAAGCACUCCCAUUCGUGCUACUGCGGCACAAUGAGAGACUGGUACAACAAGGAAAAUGAAGCGUACAGUUCAACCCCAGAAAGAUACCAUCAACACGCGAUAAGCAACCUGCGCCGACGGCAGACACCGACCAGCCCAGCACCGACUGUCGACACCGCAGUCCCUACGUUCAUCCCUCCACCUAAUCAAGAUAUCACGCCGGAGUUGAUUCAGGAAUCCUUGAGUAUUCAGCCUCAAAACACGGCAAUGGUUACAUCUAUGGUCCCUAACCUUCUAGCUGGAGUCAUUCAAAUCUCCUUGCAAUUAGAUGGUCCAGUAGCAACCACCCUUGUAGUCAACUGCAGCACUUCUCUACCCUGUGGUACGAUUGGACUGAUCAAUCCUCAGCCCAAUCUUGCCUUGGUCCCACUGGUGGUGAACCAAGGUCAAGGGCAGCCUCAGACGCUGGUUGCUGAUUGUCAAUGCAUUGCUAUCAACAUGUACGAUCCGCAUAUCGUGACUUACUGGAUCCAGAGAAUCAGCGAUGGCAGCGUCUAUUCAGUCCUCGGAAACAACGUGGUUACGGAUAUUGAUCAAAUGAAUACGACCCAGAGUACCGCUUUGGCCCUGACCGCCGUAUCUCAAGGAGCUGGUAAACGCAGCUUUGACAACAUUGUGUACGUCCAACCCCAAAGGCGACAAAUCUGGAGUGUCCAAUGUGACCAGGCCUGCCCUUUCUACCACAUGAACAUGAUCAAGGGCACCGAUGGAUAUUGUGGCUGCAUCUUCAAAGACGCUGGCAAAACACUUGACGCCCGGGCCUUGGUUGAACCAAAUUUGUACAAUGCAAAGAUGACUGCGGAAGCUUGUGCCGCCAUGACAUGUUUUAAUGAUGGAGGCGAUGCAACUCCGGCGCUUUUCCAUCCUUUCCAACUGACUUGUUGGUGUGUCACGCAACCGUACGUCGAAUUCAACCCAAGCGCUUGGAGUCCCUCGCCGGGCACGACGUCGUCCUGA